AAUACACGCUGGGAAGCGGCAAUGGACGCUCCCUGUGCGAAGCAUUGUCCGCAGACUAAAGCAGGAAUCGGAGGGUUGUAGCGGUCCUUUUUUUGAUCUGGGAGACAUUCUUCGCAUGUUUUAUUCUGGAACAUGCAUCCGACGAGGAGAGUCUCUUGCAUCAAUAUGUCAACAUGCAACAUUUAAAAAGAUCGCAAACAUCGGAUCUGCUUUCUUGAACUACCGGAGAACACUCUUUUCCGAGAGGACAUCAACAAUCAACAUGUUCACCGACAGAGGAACAACCGGGAGUGAAAACAUAAAGCAAUAGAACAUUUAAGGAAAGCCAGUCUUACUAUGUUAAUGAAGCCUGAGCUCUUUUUACAAAAGAAUGUAAUUUAGGCUUCUAUAGACACCUUUCAAAGACAAGCAGCGGGGAGGUGAAUGCACUGGGAGCUGUUGUGGUUUGCAAGAUCAGCCCCUGAAGAUGCUCCAACCUGGUAACUACUCACUGGUGCUGCUGAUCCAGAUGACACUGUUGACCUAUGACCUCUUCGUCAACUCCUUCAGUGAACUCCUGAGGGGAGCGCCUGUCAUCCAACUUGUGCUUUUCAUCAUUCAGGACAUUGCCAUCUUGUUCAACGUGAUCAUCAUUCUGCUGAUGAUGUUCAACACCUACGUGUUCCAGGUCGGCAUGGUGUCCCUCCUCUUGGAGCGGUUCAGGGCUCUGCUGAUAUUCUCUGCUGUUUAUCUGACGCUCAGCAUCAGCUUUCACUGCUGGGUGUUGAACCUUAGAUGGCUUGAGUCAAACCGUUUCGUUUGGACAGAUGGUCUUCAAGCCCUUUUUGUUUUCCAGAGAACAGGGGCAGUGAUGUAUUACUACUUAUACAAACGAACAGCUGAGUACAUGGGAGACCCGAGGCUGUAUGAGGACUCUCUGUGGCUUCGGGAUGCCUUUGCCCGAGAUCGUCAGUGAAAAAGAGAGCAAAGUUCUGACUUUAGAAGAUCAUCAGCUACCCUGAACUUUUUGGAUAUUUACAUUUUUUUUAAAACAACAAGCCAUGGAUGAAGCAACGUCUCAACCAGCAUGUGUUUACUGGCUUUUCGUAGCCAAUCAAUCAAUUGCUUAAAUGGUUUAGUGGCAGGUAAGCCACCCAUGGUAGUAUUGCAUUAAGCAGGAUUGUGUGUGUGUGUUA